UCGGCUGCUUUCCGCUUACCACAAGAACAAGAACGCUAUUUUGUCUCCUCCACGCAAUUACCUCUUCUUCUCUCAGACAUUUCGUCAAACAGAUGGUGCUCGUUCUGAAACAGCUUACGAACUAACAAGGAGACAGACACUAAGCUUGGUUAUCUCCGAUUAGAAGGGGGAAAAAGCGAAAACGAGGGCUUGAGACGAGUGAUGUGAUAGAGAUGGAAGGAGUUGAGCUAGAACUAGAGAGAAGAAGCAAGUUCUUGAACAGUUUGAUACAGAAGAAGAAGGCUAAAGAACAGCAAGAUCAGAAAGAUGAGUUCAAUGUUCGAGUUAGGGCUUCAGAUAUGCCUUUGGUUCAACAGAACAGAGCCUUUAGUUUGUCGCGUGAGAUUUUGAAUGCUACUCCUGGGAAAGCUGACAACAAAAGACUCGCUCUUACCCUAAAAAAGGACUUUGAUUCAGCCUACGGCCCGGCAUGGCACUGCAUCGUCGGGACAAGCUUUGGUUCAUACGUGACUCAUUCCAUUGGAGGAUUCAUAUACUUUCAAAUCGACAAGGUUUACGUUCUUCUCUUCAAAACCGCCGUGGAGCCGUUAGAUCAAAAAUGAGAAAAACUAUCACAUUAAAGCAUCUUCAAUUAAUCAUUCCCUUCUAGAAUUCUCUGCCUUGUAUCCACCACACUCUUAUGUAAUUCCUGAGUUCACCGUGUUAAUCUGCCUAAGUCAAAAUCUUUGUUGCUCCUAUUUUGUAAUUAGAAGUGAUCUUGUUUCAACUUCACAAUGCAAAAUAUUCUUCUUUUCUUCU